AUGGACCUUGAGGAUCACGACAACGAUGACAUCGAGCGAGAGUUGUACCAACUUGGCCUUACUGACGUCCCCCCGCGUCCACCUCCGGCUCUGCGGGGGGCGCCGCUCCCCCCCUGGCCGCCCCCGCACCCAGCCUCCGCCCGCAGCCGCUCCGCCCCCUCCAUCCAGGAGGACUCCCUCGAGGAGCCCCCCGUCCUCCACAACCCACGCCCGCCGCCGCCCCACCACCACCACCCGCCCGGCCCGCCCCCCCUGACCCACCACAACCCCUUCCCCACGCGCCCCGGUGUCGUGGGCGGAGGGCGGCUGGGCUUGUGGGGCGGCGCCCCCCAUCCGCCCGUGUCGGCGGUGCACCACAGCCUCACCGACUUGGCCUCAGACAAUCCGGGCCACAACUAUGCCCCCGCCCGCACCACGGCCGCCCAGGCCGCCCUCAACGGCGCGCUGGCGGGCGCCGCUCAGGGCACCACCACGGGGGAAGAGUCGGUGACCAGUGCGGGGGCGGAGGUCACCUUCACGACGGCGGCGGCGGCGGCGGCGGUCAGCAUGUGGCAGCAGGACCCAAGCGCCGUGCACUACCCCGGCUACGUCCGGCCGCAGGACUUCAACACGCUGCCCCGCGGGCCGCGCGACGUGUCCCCCCGGCAGGAGACCGGCGACGAGGACGAGGAGCGGCUAGCAGCCCUGGUGACCAGCGUGGAGGCGGCGCUGCGCAGAAUUCAUGCGGGGUUGCAGGAGUCCUACAUCAUGUAUGAAAACCCCGACGACGAAGAGGACCCGCCGCCCCCGCAGCCCGUCACUGCCUCACUGCGGGACCCUCCGCCCUCCCCCGUGCCGCCCCACGAACCCCCGGGCUCGCCGCCCCCGCCCGCAGGCCCACAGGGACCCAUGCCGCCCACCCCACAGGGCGGCGUUGGGGGUGGCGCGCCCCGCCUGGUGGGCCCCGACAACGCGUCCAUGCUGUCCCGGCAGCUGGGCUUCAUCCCCAUCCAGGAGGGGGCGCCGCAGCCCCCCCAGGGCUCGCAGCCCGCGCCCCGCCACGCCGAGCGCCACCAUCACCACCACCACAAGCUCAGCAAGAAGGUCAAAAAUCAUAAAUCAAAGGUGCUACUCUCUGGCCUGAUGACAUGCCCCGGACCCGGCUUCAAGCUGCUCAACAUCACCCGCGACUCGAAGUCCGGCCAGGGCUUCGGGUUCUCCAUCAAGGGCGGACGAGAGGCGGGGAUCGGCGUGUACGUGUCCCGCGUGGAGCAGGGCGGGCCGGCGUGGCGCGCGGGGCUGCGGCCCGGGGACCUCCUGCUGGCCGCCAACAACACCAACUUCUCCUCCGUCACGCACGCCGAGGCCAUCGCGGCUAUCUUGCUGCUCAAGUCCGCAGAGGAAGUGACGCUGACGGUGGCCACGACGAGCCAGCUGCCCUCGUCCGUGGUCGUGGCGCAGACCUACUCAUGGGUCACGCCCGACGGCCGCCCCACCAGCCCGCCGCCCGAGUACAACCCCCGCCUCCACCACCACCAGGUCUCCAGGGUGGAGGUGGAGGUGGUGGGCUCGGAGUCCCUGGGCCUCAUGAUCCGCGGCGGCGUGGAGUAUGGCCUCGGCAUCUUCAUCACUGGAGUGGACGAGGAGUCAGCUGCCCACAAGGCCGGCUUGCAGGUAGGUGACCAAAUCCUGGAGGUGAACAAGGAGAGCUUCCUGGCGGUGACCCACGACACAGCCGUCAACGUGCUCAAGUAUUCGCGGCGGCUCCGGCUAGCGCUGCGGCGGGUCGGCAAGGUCCCGCACUCCUGCACCACCUACGACCGGCGCUGCUGGCCCUCGCAAACCAACGGAGAGACGUCGGCGGAGAACAUGGAGGCGACGUUGGCGAUGAUCGAGGAGAAGUCCCAACGGAUGUUGGGCCGAGGCCACCACGCGCGCCUCAAGGAGGUGGUGAGCGACUACGCGGCGGGAAGGAUCCCCGUGGAGCACCUCCUCAUCACCACCAGGGACCUCCUCAACUCCCCGGACAAGCUAAGCCUGCUGACGGAGAUCCGGGAAGUGGUGCGCGCGGAGGACCAGGACAAGUUCGACGCCGCCGUGUUCCGCCACGGAGGCCGCCCUCAAGAGAAGACCGAUGCUUAUGGUGAAAAAAUCUCCACCAUCUCCAAUUUGGAUGACUAUAUCGACAUAUACAACAGCAUGGACAUCCGUGGAGACGGAGGGGAAGAAGAGCUGAUGAGUGACCACCGGGUGACAGAUGUCGCUCAGAGAAUCAACAAGACUCCUAGCGAGGAUUCUGGCGUGGAAAUGAGUAACGGCGCGCUGGUCCCGAGGAGAGACGUCGGCAGGGCUCUCGGAGAAAGAAAACGAAGUGGCAUUUUGAUCAGAGAAAAUGGAAGCACUAUUGAAGGGGUAACUUGGGCAGAUGACGAAAUGAACUUCAGAAUAAAUAAUGAAGAGUAUGAAUUACGCAGAGAAAGAGAAGAAAGACUUUGUAUUGGACCAAAACAUCAGAAAAUUCUUCAGAAACGGUUUUCUGAAAGACUUUUACCAAACAGAGAAGAAUUAGCUGAUCAUAUUCAGCCUCAGCGGCGCCACAGUCAUACUGGCGAAAUCAACGGUGGUGCUUGCGUUAAAGCCUUGCCCAAACCUACCCAUAUCCCCUCCCACCACGCCCACCAGCAGAGGUCCACCCAUACGCACGCCCACUCCCGUAAGCAGUACGAGUCCUACGAUAACCCCCCCUCGAGGAAACGCGAGGAGUACGAUCUCCUCCCCACCACGAGAGUGAGGGAAGACUACAGCGCCCCCCAGGCACGGCUCAGGGAGGACUAUGAACCCCCGCCCAGGGGAAGGGACGAGUACGACCCUGCUCCGUCGAGGAGCAGGGGCGAGUACGAGUCUCCGUCUGCUAGGGUAAGGGAGGAAUACGACCCUCCUGCUAGGGUGAGAGACACAAGAGAGGAUUACGACCCUCCACCGCCCAGAGUGAGGGAAGACUUCGAUUCGCCGGGGAGGAUGAGGGACGAGUACGACCCUCCGACGAGGCCAAGGGAGGAGUACGACCCGCCCGCGAGAGUUAGAGAGGAUUAUGAGCCUACAGCUAGAGUGAGGGAGGAUUACGAGUCUCCAAGUAGAGUAAGGGAGGAGUACGACCCUCCGGCUAGGGUGCGAGAGGAGUACGACCCUCCGGCUAGGGUAAGGGAAGAGUUCGACCCUGCAACCAGGGUGAGAGAGGAGUACGAUUCCCCGGGAAGGGGAAGGGAAGAGUACGACCCUCUUCUUUCCUCGGGGAGAAUGAGGGAAGGCUAUGAGCUACGGGAGAGCUUCAGCCAGCCGCCUGCGAGCCAAAGUCGUGACUACGACCCCGCAGAGGAUGCGUUCGACCCCGGUGGCCUGAGCAACUCUAGGGACGAGUACAGCCCGUCCCACGCCAGGGAGGUGUUCGAGGGGUCGCCGUCCAGGACGCACCUCAGCGUGGAUCAUCGCCCGAUGCGAGCGAGCAGCCCGGGGCCGUCCCCGACCUCCCCCUCAGGACGGCGAGGCAGCGCCGAGGUGCGCGAGGACGCGCAUGCCCCCUACUCUUGCAGGAACCGCAGGACCUCACUGGUGGUGAGCGACAGCCUGGGCAGGUUUAGAGUUGUGGUGAAGAAGACGAGGCCCAACCUGGGCAUCGCCAUCGAAGGGCGGCGCCGACACCAAGCAGAAGCUGCCCAGAGUCAUCAACAUCGCUGCCAAUGGCGCUGCAUUCGAGGCGGGCGGGCUCAGGGUGGGCCAGCUCAUUCUGGCCGUGGACGGGCAGAAGCUGGACGGACACAAGCACGAGGACGCCGCCCGCCUAAUCGCCGGCUGCUGGGUGAGCCGCUCGCGCCCCGAGGUGGAGUUCAUGGUGGUGGAGCGGAAGCCAACGGCAGCCGACGUCCGCCGCUCCUCCAUAUCGCUCCUGUCGCAGAUGUAGGCGGAGGAGCAGGCGGGUUACUUCGGCGUCGGAGACGUUCGGAGCAGGUCGAGCCCCCGCGGUGGAGGGCGAUGUCUACCUCUUGUCGCUGAGAAGACGACGGGUAACUUUUGUCAAGGAGUCACGCUGGGUCUGCGAGAUAACUUCAGGCCUUCAUGGAGGAGAAUGGGGAAGAAGGGGCAGAGCCACACACGCGCGCGCGCGCACAC